UAAGCAAGAAUUCGGAUUUCAUCGAACAAGUUUUGAUUAUUGAGUUUGAGUAGUUAAAGGGAUUCAUUUUUUUUCAUUCGAAUUUUUUAAAAUUGAGGAUAUAGUUGACGAAUAAUCCGGUGACCGAGAAAAAAGGCAAAUUUCGGUUAUAUCUUUUGAAAGUAGCACAAUCGAGGAAAAGACAAAGUCUAGCCAACCGGAAUAGUGUUUCCAUCUGGAGGGUGACCACGUGAUCCGAAGAUAACCGAGAAAAGGAGAACCGUUUCGGAGCUUGAGAACGAGCGUCGUUUCAACGUUGGAAAUACUAAUAAACGAACGAAAAUGCCGGAAACAUCGCACCACAUGAACGGAUACGCGAACGGGCACGCGCCAGCGGCCGAGCUACAACAAGACACGACAUUUUUGUUCACUUCUGAAUCUGUAGGCGAAGGACAUCCAGAUAAAAUGUGCGAUCAAAUAAGCGAUGCCAUUUUGGACGCCCAUCUCCAACAGGACCCGGAUGCAAAAGUUGCUUGCGAAACCGUUACAAAAACUGGAAUGAUUCUUCUUUGCGGUGAAAUAACGUCGAAGGCAGUUGUGGAUUACCAAAAGAUUGUGAGAGACACGGUCAAGCACAUCGGGUAUGACGACUCUUCCAAAGGAUUUGAUUGGCGCACGUUGAACCUUUUGGUGGCGAUCGAGCAACAAUCACCGAAUAUCGCGGACGGAGUCCAUACGGAUAGGGAAGAGAAGGACGUGGGUGCCGGUGAUCAGGGCUUGAUGUUUGGUUACGCUACUGAUGAAACCGACGAAUGUAUGCCGUUGACUGUCGUACUGGCGCACAGAUUGAACCAAAAAAUUGCUGAACUAAGGCGAAGCGGAGAAUUGUGGUGGGCGCGUCCUGAUUCGAAAACGCAGGUUACCUGCGAAUACAUAAUGGAUCACGGUGCUUGCGUGCCAGUCCGCGUUCACACAGUCGUCGUAUCGCUUCAGCAUAGCGAAAAAAUAUCACUCGAGGAGCUUCGCAGAGCUGUUAUGGACAAAGUCAUAAAGGAAGUCAUUCCAGCGAGGUAUCUCGACGAGAAGACGGUCUUCCAUGUUAAUCCCUGCGGACUCUUCAUCAUAGGCGGGCCUCAGAGCGAUGCUGGUCUCACGGGGCGCAAAAUAAUCGUCGAUACUUAUGGAGGCUGGGGAGCCCACGGUGGCGGAGCAUUUUCCGGCAAAGAUUUUACAAAAGUCGACAGGUCAGCGGCGUACGCGGCGAGGUGGGUCGCUAAAUCUCUCGUCAAGGCUGGUCUCUGCAGGCGUUGCCUAGUUCAGGUCUCGUACGCCAUCGGUGUUGCAGAGCCACUUUCGAUCACGGUCUUCGAUUAUGGUUCGUCGAAACUCUCCCAGAAAGAUCUCCUCGGUAUCGUCAACAAAAACUUUGAUCUUCGUCCUGGAAAAAUUGUCAAAGACUUGGAAUUGCGCAAUCCAAUAUAUCAACAAACGAGCACAUACGGACAUUUCGGACGAGAGGGAUUCACCUGGGAGCAACCAAAGCCACUGGUCCUCGAUUGAUGAGGAUUAUCUCUAAGCCAUUUGUCGUUUCUUAAUGUAAAAUCAGCGACAACAACAACAUACAACUCCUAAAAAUCUCCGAGAAACCCAGUAUAUCUCGCCAAGUUUUUAAGCAAACCGAUCGAGAGACUUAGAGAGAAUGAGAAAGUGACUGAGCGAGAGACACAUUGCCCAAAGUACUUCGCGUUGUAUUUAUCUACAAACACACAAACGACCAUAAAAAGACACGCAUAAAAACUAGCAAGGGUUUUUCUGUAUCGAAUCACUAAAAUACGAAUUGGACGCGAAUAAUCAACCGGACGAAAGCAUUGAUGAAAUAUUCCCGUGAUCGACCUAUUAAGAAUCACAAUUUUCUUUCUUAUUGUAUAUUCGUCGGGAGAAAGAAAAGAGCAGUGUUGUCAUUUUUUCCGUUAAUUUUUUUUUUUCAUCUAACGAAGGACGACAAAAAUUUAGUACAAAUUGACCUGAAAAAAAUCGCGAGACUGGUUUCACUUUCUGAUGACUUAGUCGUACAAGAGAUGGAAAAAAAGUUUUAACAAAAUUUGGAUAGAUUGAAAAUAGUGGAUGAAACGAAAUCCUCCAUGAGUUUUUCGUCAGUUCGAAUUGCCUACUCGUAAAGGGAAAACUAACUAAGCUGCGUCUGUGUAUAUACCUUAAAGAAUAUUUUCUUGCGUCACUGUGGAUCACGGGUGAUGAUUAAAGAUACGAGAAUCAAUUGAGAUCUGACCAUGUUUUACGUUACAUUACGACGACGAAAGUCGAAUGUUGUUUUCUUUUUCCUAGCAAUAUGUUAGUGGUUUGAAAGACAAAAAUACAUGAAUGUACGCGAAGGAAAAAGCCCGACAUGAGUGCUAUACAGUUUUAAGUAUUUUUAUGUAGAUAUUCACUGUUUGUGCGAGAGAAGAGUAGUAGAACUCUAAUUUUCUUCCUCUUUUUUUUCUCUUUUUUUUUUGCAUUAAUAGUCCGGAUCACGAUGAAUCAUUGACAAGUGCUGUACGUGUGAUAAUAUAUCGAGUUCGAGGCACGCAAAGGGAGCAUUAACAGUCGGGCUGGAAAAUGAGGUGCUUCGGAGAAGCGUUUGAACAGUUAGUUGUUCCGCCUGAAAAGCGAGUCUCAGUAAUGAAAAGAAAAAAAAGGAAAUAAAUAUAACUCUUUGUCAAUGUU